CGGCGAGCUUCCUUCCUCACUUUGCAUCUCUUCGAGUAAUCGAUUCGAUCGAGUGAGGGCGAGUUUCAUGGCUCUCGUUCGAUUGAUCUCUUCUCGGAAGCUUUCGCCACCGUUUUUCUCUAGGAAUGUUGAUCGAUUGGAGCUGACACGCAUUGGAUCGAUUCGAGUAGCUGCGUUCUUCUCGACUCAGAAGCUCGUUGGCGAUGAUGAACCAGUUCUCGUUAGAGAUUUCAUACACAGAGCAUUGUAUGAUGCAAAAGACGGAUACUUCUCUCAACGAUCGCAAUCUGUUGGUGUUCUGGAGAGAAGCAUUAAGUUCAACCAGCUUGAAGGGAGAAAGGCGUACAUGAAACUAUUGGAGAAAGUUUACAAGCAGAGUGACAUUUCUUGGUUUACUCCUGUGGAGCUCUUCAAGCCUUGGUAUGCUCAUGGGAUUGCAGAAGCUAUACUACGAACCACCAAUCUCUCAGUUCCAUUAAAGAUUUAUGAAAUUGGUGGUGGAUCGGGAACCUGUGCGAAGGGUAUAUUGGACUACAUAAUGUUGAAUGCUCCUGAGAGAAUCUACAAUAACAUGAGCUAUACAUCUAUAGAAAUCAGUCCUUCACUGGCUAAGAUUCAAAAGGAAACUGUUGCGCAAGUUGGAAGCCAUCUAUCAAAGUUCCGAGUUGAGUGCCGUGAUGCAUCUGACCUAUCUGGAUGGAGGAAUGUGGAGCAACAACCAUGUUGGGUGAUAAUGCUCGAGGUGCUAGAUAAUCUCCCACAUGACCUUGUCUAUUCCCAAAGCCAACUUUCCCCAUGGAUGGAAGUCUUGGUUGAAAAUAAACCUGAGAGCGAAUCACUCUCUGAACUAUACAAGCCUUUAGAGGAUCCACUGAUCAAGCGCUGCAUUGACAUUGUUGAACACGAAGCUCCUCCGGUUUCAAAACCAAAAGAAAUCUGGUCUAAACUGUUUACCAAACCUAGACGUUGUUGGCUUCCAACAGGUUGUUUGAAACUGCUGGAGGUUUUACAUGAAAAGCUACCAAAGAUGUCCCUAAUCGCUUCUGACUUUAGCUUCUUGCCGGACGUGAAAGUUCCUGGUGAAAGAGCCCCAUUGGUUUCAACAAAGAAAGACGGAAGUAGCUCAGAUUACAGUAGUUAUCUAGACGCAAAGGGUGAUGCUGAUAUAUUUUUCCCCACUGACUUUUGGCUUUUGGAACGAAUGGAUCAUUAUUGUUCUGGGUGGAGGAAGACGGAGAAAGACGGGACACCAUCGAAAAAAGGAAGGAAAAGACGAACUCUCACUCUGGAUACAUCAGCGUUCAUGGAUGAGUUUGGUUUACCUUCAAAGACGAGAACAAAGGACGGAUACAACCCGUUACUUGAUGACUUCAAGAACACUAAGUUCUAUCUUAGUGUCCCAACACACAACACUAAGUAAAGCAAAAAGGUACCAUCAGCUCAAUAGAACGUCUGAUUUUUGCAGAAGAUUAAAUGCCUUUUGGUAAAGGAGUCAGAGAUUACAAAUGAAAGAUUUUUUUAACAUUUGUCUCUCUCUCUUUUUGUAAUAAUUUUAUAUCAAGUUCAAUCAAGAUUCCCUCUGUGCAAUGAAAAAAGCACACGAACAUGACAAUUGGAGCUCAUUUGAGAAACUCUGAGAACCAUAGAGAUUUUUAUUUCUGAGAUAGCCAAGACGUUUUAAGAUGUCAAAUGAAAUAAACAUACUAUAUUUGUGGAA